UUAAAUAAAGACUGUGAUAAAAUAUUUCUGGUCGGGAGGGCUCCGAUGGUCAGCUCCAUUCGCCAUAUUUCACUCAACUUCUUCCUCCGACAGAUCUCCUAACACAUGGAACCCGAAGCUGAUCACCACCAUCACCACGGCGAUCACAACCAUACUCACGACGGACGGCAUGAAGACGGCUCGUCGUCCUGGGUGGGGCCGGACGGUAGGAUUUACCACUCGCACGAUGGGCUUGCACCCCAUUCUCACGAGCCGAUUGAUUCACCUGGUCUCUUCGGUGCUCGCGCGCCGCCGCUGGGCACCAGAGACUUCAGAGAGCGCGCGUUCACCGUCGGCAUUGGUGGCCCUGUCGGCACUGGUAAAACGGCUUUAAUGUUAGCACUAUGCCAGCAUCUCCGUGAUAAGUACAGUCUUGCAGCAGUGACAAAUGACAUAUUCACUAAAGAGGACGGAGAGUUCUUAGUGAAGAAUGGAGCACUUCCUGAGGAGAGGAUUCGUGCUGUUGAGACGGGAGGCUGUCCGCAUGCAGCUAUACGUGAGGAUAUAAGCAUUAAUCUGGGCCCACUGGAGGAGCUGUCCAACUUAUAUAAAGCAGACCUCCUACUCUGUGAAUCAGGGGGAGAUAAUUUGGCCGCUAAUUUCAGCAGAGAAUUAGCAGAUUAUAUCAUAUAUAUAAUUGAUGUUUCUGGUGGUGAUAAAAUACCUAGAAAAGGUGGCCCUGGAAUAACCCAAGCAGAUCUUUUGGUUAUAAACAAGACUGACCUUGCACUAGCAGUGGGGGCUGACUUGGCUGUUAUGGAACGAGAUGCACUUCGAAUGCGGGAUGGAGGCCCUCUUGUGUUUGCUCAGGUGAAACAUGGAGUUGGAGUAGGGGAGAUUGUGAGCCAUAUAAUAGGAGCAUGGGAGCAAUCAACAGGGAGGAAGCGUCAUUAAUAUGAAUAUCAGAACAAGGUCAUAAGCCAUAAUCAUGCUUGUUCACAAUUUGCUGCAUUUCUGCUUAGUCAUGUAGUUUUUCAUUGAUGACUGCAUGCACAUUGUACCAAUAAAACUUCAAUGAGUGUUUAGGUUGUUUCUGAUACUGAUGGAUAGAUCCUAUGUUAUGAUAUAUUGCACUAAUUACUGCUACUGAGAAGUUAUUUGGAGUACGAGCUUAUUUCAAAAACUAAAAAUUUUACUGA